AUGGGCUAUGACUGCACAGUUGGCCUUCGUGUGGCACUGCUGUCAUCUCUUCUGGUGCCCCCGCUCUGCCAUCUGUGUAGCUAUCACCCGGAAGGUGUGCUCAUUGCGGUAGCCUGCUUUGAACUUCUGAACCCCGCCCCCCUCCUCACGGCGCCCGGCGGCCGCAGCUUCUCGUUCAAGGUGGUGCUGCUCGGGGAGGGCUGCGUGGGCAAGACCUCGCUCGUGCUGCGCUACUGCGAGAACAAGUUCAACGACAAGCACAUCACCACCCUUCAGGCAUCUUUUCUUACAAAGAAGCUAAACAUUGGUGGAAAAAGAGUAAAUCUUGCAAUAUGGGAUACGGCAGGCCAAGAGAGAUUUCAUGCAUUGGGUCCAAUUUACUACAGAGAUUCUAAUGGAGCUAUUUUAGUAUAUGACAUAACAGAUGAAGACUCUUUUCAGAAGGUGAAAAACUGGGUCAAGGAAUUAAGAAAAAUGUUGGGAAAUGAGAUCUGUUUAUGUAUAGUUGGGAAUAAGAUAGACUUGGAAAAAGAGAGGCAUGUUUCAGUUCAAGAGGCAGAAACGUAUGCAGAAUCAGUGGGAGCAAAACACUAUCAUACUUCAGCCAAACAGAAUAAAGGCAUCGAAGAACUCUUCCUUGACCUUUGUAAAAGAAUGAUAGAAACUGCUCAAGUGGAUGAAAGAGCAAGAGGCAAUGGUUCCAGUCAGUCAGGAACUGCAAGGCGGGGUGUACAGAUCAUUGAUGAUGAGCCACAAGUACAGAGCAGUGGAGGGUGCUGUUCUUCUGGAUAACUGUAAAACUGUGGAUCACUAUCCUCUCAACCUGAAGACUGCCAUAUUCUAAGUCACACAUUCUUUACCAAUGGAGUAAUAGAAUUAACAGUAUUUAAAAAAAAUAAAUAAAUAAUAAUAAUAAUCACACUUGUAACACUGCAGAGACCUUAAGUGCUAAACUAGUGGAGUCUGUGACCAGAGAAUUGGCAUUUUCUACAGUGGUUAACAAAGCAAUUACCAAUGGCCUUUUUACAUAUUUUUCUUUAAUGAGGAAUAAUAUGCAUGUAGAAAAGACCUACUUAAAGGCUUCAUUUAUAUUCUUUUAAAUCGGAUCAUUAUUAUUUAAUAACUUAUAUACAUUGUUGGAAUGGUAAUAUGUUUUUGCAGCCCUUUGUAUUUUGUGGUAGACUGAAUUGUAUCACUUCUGGAUGGCACACUGAUUAGGUGGUUUUUUUUCUUAGCAGAUACCUGAAGUAAUAUUUUUGCAGGGCUUGCACAAGCCCAAAACUGUCAACUACUUUGAUAUACUCUAUAUUCACCGUGUAUGCCAAGCUGAUAAAAUACAUUGUAAAUUACAUUAAAUAUUUUAUCUGCUUUUAAAAGUGCAGGUGCAGAAA